AUGGCGAACCACAAUGAGCAGACGCUGUUACAGAUUGCACAGCAGAUUGAACGUGCCGUUGAUGACGAAAUCGACCGUAUCGAUCAGAUGGACGACGAUGACAUACUUGCAAUUCGUCAGAAAAGGCUGAAGCAGCUGAAGGAGAUUCAGGCCCGUCGUGACGAGUGGCUCCGCAAAGGCCAUGGACAGUACCUAGAAGUUGCGGAGCCGAAGGAGUUUUUUGACAACGUCCAGUGUUCGGAGAGGGUUAUUGUUCAUUUCAUGCGUCGCAGUACUCCUCGGUGCGAAAUCAUUGAACGGCAUCUGCGCGCGAUUGCCUGUGAGCACUUCGAAACUCGGUUUUGCUAUGUUGACGUCGAGCGUAUUCCGUCUCUCCCAGAACGCUUCAACGUGAUGAUGCUCCCGACCUUAAUGCUUGUGGAAAAAGGUAACACUUUUCACAGCAUCAUUGGCUUCGACGAGUUUGGUGGAACAGACCAUUUUACUACCGAUACAGUUACUGAGGUUUUGGCACACUACGGUAUGAUCAAUGACAAGGGUAUGUUUGCUGCCGACCAGAAUGACGACUAG